AUGCUUCAAACAGACUCUGAGUUCACUAAAGCACGAUGGGUCUGUACCCUCAUAGGACUGGGCUUUUACCUGGUGGACAUUGUGACCGAUGUGGGACUAGCAGUGAAGUACUUCCUAAAUGGACACCUGGUCUGGGCUGGGCUGACUCUACUGUUUGUGGUGAUUGGGUCAACGGCCACACAGGUCUUCAGCUACUCCUGGUACAGAGAUGACACGAGGAACCCACUGGUUAACCCUGGUGGAGACAGGCUGAUAUCUGGGAUGAACAGAGGAGGACUGAUUGGACUCCAUGUCAUGCAGAUGGGCAUCUUCACCAGGUACUACCACCUGUUGAAGACGGGAUACAGGGCGGUGUGGUCCAAGUCACCCGAGACUGUUGACUGCUCCAGAGAGGUCCACCUGGCCCUGUUUGGCCAGGCGACCGAUCUGAGCAUGCUCAAACUGUUUGAGACGUUCCUGGAGAGUGUUCCUCAGCUCCUCCUCCAGCUGUGCAUCCUGCUGGGCCAUGGACACAAGUCCAUACUACAAUGCAUCUGCAUGGUGGGCUCAUUCAUCAACAUCGCCUGGGCCAUAGUGGACUACCGGCGCUGUCUCCGCCGAUCCUUACCCCAGGUCCAAGAGAUGCCGUCUGGCCUUCCUACCUUCUUCUACCUCAUGUACAAGCUCCUGACCAUCUCCACGCACAUCCUCAGCCUCAGCCUCUUCCUCAUCCUCAGCCUGUACAGUGCCCUGGGUAUGGCUGUCCUCUGGCUGGCCGGGACCCUCUGGGCCCAUUGGGUCCACACUGACUUCUGCACGUCUAAAAGCCUAGAGAGGCUCUAUCGGACCAUCGUGGGAGUCGUCCUCGUGUUCACCUUCUUUAACGUGAAAGGACAGGACACAAGAUGGCCGAUGGCUGUGUACUACGUCCUCUAUGCGUUAGUGAACCUCUCAGGUCCCUUGCUGCUGGUUCUGGUGAGGCCAGAGGCCGAGUCUACUGAGUACUUCUGGCCGGUGACUCUGCUGAUAUUUGGAGGGACUGUUCUAGGGCUGGCCUGUCUGCUCCUGUAUUAUACUGUCUGCCACCCCAGAGGGAAGAGUCUAGAGGCAGAUGAGGUGGAUGGACACAUGGGACAGGAGAGAGAACCAGAUACAAUGCUGCGAAUGAGCAGCUUCCUACAGCUCUGA